UAGUUUCGAUUAAACAAUGGUGAGAUGAACACGAGAGAAAGUUCUUUGAACUUUGAAGAUGUCUUGAACUUUUGCAUAAACCGGGGCGCCAACCGCGUAGUUGCGAUCGCAGACGGCGGCAGGGCUAUCUUUCGUGAGUAUUCUGGUACCGACCCUUUAUGAGAGACGUGCAAUGCUCCCCAAGCAUCCUCUCCCUGAUUAGCGCGUCUCCACGAUCGCGUGUUCGCCAUGAAGUUCCACAAACAGAGCGCCUCUUCUUCUCUGAAGCGCGCGGCUGCCAUUGCCGCGCCGCUCGCCUUCCUACUGGCCCUUGGCCUCGUCUUGCUCUACGACUUGAGCUUCUCUGACCGCCAUUAUUACCUGCGCAUAUAUGGCGCCUCUUCCUCCGCGUCGUCGCCGCCGGUAUCGGCAUCGUCUCCGGCACCGGCAUGCGACCUUACGCGGGGCGAGUGGGUGCCCGACGACGCGGAGGCGCCGUACUACACGAACUUGACUUGUCCGUUCAUUGACGACCACCAGAACUGCAUGAAGUUCGGCAAGCCGAGCCUCGAUUUCAUGCGGUGGAGGUGGAGGCCGGACGGCUGCGAGCUACCCCGAUUCGACGCCACGCGGUUCUUGGAGGCCAUGAGGGGCAAGUCCAUGGCCUUCGUCGGAGACUCCCUUGCCAGGAACCACUUCAAGUCUUUGCUCUGCCUCUUGUCCAAGGCGGCGCAGCCAGUGGAGGUGGGGUCGGAGCCGGAGAUCGACGUGACGGGGAGGGCCGUCCGGCGGGACUACUACUUCGGCAGCCACGACUUCACGGCCACGCUCUUCUGGUCACCCUUCCUCGUCAAGGCCAACCUGUCGAACGCCACGCUCGGCAUGUGGGACGUGCACCUCGACACGGCGGACCCCCGGUGGGCGGCGCACGUCGCCGACUUCGACCACGUCGUCCUCUCGGGAACCAACUGGUUCUUCCGCCCCUCGGUGUACCACGAGGGCGGGCGCGCCGUCGCGUGCAACGGCGGCGUCAGCUGCGGCGCCGGCAACGUGACGACCGAGCUGCCAGUGCCCCGCGCCCUGCGCGCGGCGUUCCGGACGGCGCUCGGCGCCGUCGCGACAAACGAGGGGUUCCACGGCAAGGCGGUGGUCCGGACGGUGACGCCGACGCACUUCGAGAACGGCGAGUGGAACACCGGCGGCGACUGCGUCCGCACGCGCCCGUACCGCCGCGGCGACCGCGCCGUCAGCGCGGCCGAGUACCGCAGCGCGCAGGUCGAGGCGUUGAGGGAGACGGAGGCGGCGGGGGCGAGGAACGGCACGGAGCUUGUGCUGAUGGAUAUCACGGAGGCGAUGGAGCUGCGGCCGGACGGGCACCCGAGCCGGUAUGGCCACCCGCCGGGCGGGAGCGUGGAGGGCAGCUUCGUGGUGGACUGCCUGCACUGGUGCUUGCCGGGGCCGAUUGACCUGUGGAGCGAGCUGCUUUUCCAGAUGAUGGUGCCACAGCAUUAAUUAGCAGAACGAUGAGUUGGGGUGUUCUUUUAGAAUCCUGAGAUGAAAGUGUCUCGAAACGAGAACGCGAACAUGCGGCAUUUUCAUCAUUUUCCAGAGGUGAAACUGUUCUGUAAAUUGAAAGGGUGAUUAAUCGAGCUGCUAGCGUUCGGGUCGAUAUUGGAUUCUGUGAAUGCAUGGGAUCAUGUAAUCGCCUUGGGCAGUGGUUCGCACGCAGCAGCCGUGAUCAUGAUUCAUGACACACGAGAUCUUCGAAGAUGUUUAUCAAAACGUGUAUGUAUGUAGAUGAUAUUUGGUGUUUAGAUUCAUUUAAAUUUAGAUAAAUCUUAGACAA